AUGGCAGAAGAAACAGACUUUAAUGAUGUUCUUGAAAAUAUAUUUUUAAGUGAAAAUAUACAAUGUCAAAAAAGUUAUGAGGAGGGGUAUAAAAUUGGAUGCGAAUCAGGAAAUCCAGAAGGGUAUCAUUUAGGAUAUCACAAAGGUGCAGAACUAGGAAGAGAACUCGGGUACUAUCUUGGAAUAGUGUCUCACCACCUCGAAAACUCAGCCAGUAAUUACUCAGAAAAAAUUGUGAAACAAUUAGAAAAAGUAAAAGACCUCAUAGAUACAUUCCCUCGAACAAAUUCUGAAGAAGAUGAUAUCUUAGGUUUGGCUGAAAAUAUAAGGUUUCUUUCUAAACAUCUUAAUUUGCUAGCUAAAUACAAAAUGAACACUAUAGGACAAUUGCAUCAAAAAUUAGACAGUACAAUUAAAUUCCUCACACCACUUUUACCCCUCGCGAACUGUCACAUGGUUGAGUUUUUCACUGAAAACCAUUGGGAGAAGUUAAUACCAUAUGAUUUAAGGAAAUAUUUAAAUGAUAGUGACAUGAAUGAUGUUGUUGAUCAGUUUUGGAGAAAUGCCAAUGGGGAUAUGGUAGAUAAUAAUCCACUAUCCAAAUGGAUACAUAAUACCAAAUCACACUGUGUCAUUCUCAACAACAACUAUUGCAUUUCAACCGACCAAUUGCAAGAACUUAUAAAGUCAUGGGGAGGGACCGUCAAACCACAAGUACAAAUAACUGAAUUCAUGACAAGCAAAAAGAGUUAUGAGGUGCAAACUAUGUCGAAUUUAAUAGCUUCACUGAAUAGUGCGUGUGGAGCAACCCACUGCGUGGAAGCGGGGGGAGGUAAGGGCAACUUGCCCAUAGCUUUGACACUCUAUUACAAUAUGAAAAGUCUUACUGUGGACUGCGAUCAAAAGACUAUUGAGAACGCAGAGAAAAGAGUUAAGAUAAUACAGAAACAAUGGCACGCUAUAGCGAAAAGGAUACAAAAUGGGAGCCUAGAGAACAUUUCAAGGAACAUAAAUAGCAACAUACAUAGAUUUGCAUCUACCUUUAUAACUAAGGAUACAAACUUCGCUGAAAUUAUAAAGCAAAAGUUUCCGGAAGAUUCUGAUACAGAUGUUAAAUUGUUGUUGACUGGUCUUCACACGUGCGGCAACUUAGGCCCAGAUUCCCUCAGGAUCUUCGCCAGCCAACCCUGGACGGCCGCCGUGUUCAACGUGCCGUGCUGCUACCACCAUCUCAAUGAAAGUGUGGAUGACCAGCUCUAUGAUGUGUUCCAGCAGUACGGGGGGGAUGGGGGAUGUGGCUUCCCCAUGUCGGAGUGGUUGAGAGGUUUCAACUUAGGACGCAAUGCCCGAAUGCUCGCAGCACAGUCUAUAGACAGAGUGGUGCAGCAGAGACAGUUGCCGGACACCAGCUUGCUGUACAGGGCCUUGUUGCAGGUUAUCAUAAAAACUCAUUUACCUGACUUACCUCUGUCGGAAGGUAAAUUGAAAGGGAUUUCGUCCAAAUGUCAAAAUUUUAAUGACUAUUUCAAAAUGGCGGACGAUCUUCUAAAACUCAACAUGUACGAAAUUAUACCUGAAACUUACCUAACGGAUAUACAAAAAAAUAUGAAUUGCCAGUGGAAAAAAAUAGUAAUAUUUUAUCUUUUAAGACUUUGUUUAGCUCAAGUUAUCGAAAGUGUUAUUUUGUUGGACAGACUGUUGUUUUUAUUUGAAAAUGGCUUCGAAAAAGUUUAUUUAGUGAAGUUAUUCGAUCCAGUGCUUUCUCCUCGCUGUCAUAGUAUUGUGGCUGUGAGG